AUUCUUCUAUAAACGUUGACUCAAUUUUGUCUGCUUUAACAAUACCAAAAAUUCCAAAUAAUGAAUUUGAUGCGCAUACUUUUUAUUAUGAUUUUGCUAAAGACGUAGCCAAUUUUCUUUUACGUAAUACUCGACUUCACCUUCCUCCAAAACGUACUUUCACUAUUCUCGAAAUAGAAUUUUAUUUACGUGAUGAAGUUAACGAUCAUUGUGAUCCCUUCAGUCACGGUCAUGAACAUCAACUAACUUGUGGUGAAUGGUAUUUUCAUCAUGUUGGUCGAUUUGGUUAUCGAGGUGGAUCAAGAAAAGGCAUCGAUAUCACGUUUGGAUCCAAAAAUAGAAAUAUAUAUGGUGGAAUAUUGAUACGCGCAAUAAAAGAUGAUUGUGCG